UUUUGUACAUCUGCUGAUCUGAAAAGAAGAAACAACUCCUUCCAAGAUAAAGAUAGUAUUAGUAAGACCCACUGCACUACUGAGGUGAGCAAACAGAGCAACUACGAAAACCAGUUAGAUCUUGUUGUGGUUGGGCGAUUAUGCUAGGUCCUGCUGCUGCAACUCUAUCACUCGGACGCACUGCCCGCUUGGCUGCCCCGCCGAGCCAUCUACCCGACAAAUUUCCCCUGUUUCCCCCAACCAGAUGCCCUUCUUCAUCAUUGCUUCUGCCGUCUACUGUUGCUACUAAUGGUAACGUCAUAUGUAAACCGUUGGCUGUCGGUAUGGGCAUGAGCCCCCGUCACUCCGUUAGGACUGCCGUCGCCGUUGAACCCAAUCAGCUCUCCGACGAUCCCUCUUCCAAGGAACAAGCAAAGACAUAUUAUUUUCUGGUAGCGAAUGCAAAAUUCAUGCUUGAUGAAGAGGAACAUUUUAAGGAGCAAUUGUAUGAGCGGCUUCGCAACUUUGGAGAGCGUAAUAGAGAGCAGGAUUUCUGGCUUGUUAUCGAACCCAAAUUCUUGGACAAGUUCCCCAAUAUCACCAAGAGAUUAAAGAGACCCGCUGUUGCUCUGGUUUCAACUGAUGGUCCAUGGAUCAGUUUCCACAAAACGGUCAGCCUUUCAAUCUAUGGCACGAUCCACUAUCCCCCUUGUCUUCUUCGAAGUGAAAGAAGGUUCAUGAAGCUUAGACUGGAUCGAGUUUUGUCGGAAAGCUAUGAAGCUAACAGCCUAGAAGAAGCAUUGAACUCGACCCCUGUUAAGUUGGAGUUUGAGAAGCCCCAAAAAUGGACGGCACCCUACCCGAAGUACGAGUUUGGAUGGUGGGAGCCAUUUUUGGCACCCGGAUCUGGCAAGCCCAAAGCAUGAGAUAUGACAAUUUUUUUUUCCCUUUCUUUCUUUUUUCCCCAAUGUAAUAGCAUUGAGUUCUUGGUGUGUAUUUAGGAAUUACAAAUCCUCAAAUACAGCUUUGUUUAUUUAGCUGGAGAAGAUACUAUAGAUCUAGUGUUUUUCAUUCCAGAGAGGUUAGAGGGCACAAAUACAAAAUACUGUAAGCGGGGAUACAGAUAAUGGAGACGUCUUUAUUAUUCUUAUGCAGAGCAAACUUUAACGUUCACGAGUUUGAUCCUUCCUGGCUUUCAGAGAGAGAGAGAGAUUGCUGUAACCAUCAAGGAAAACCAUUUAUGUAUUUGACAUUAAGGCUAUAUUCAGUUGAUUGUAAGCCAGCCUUCCUUUAUUAUUUGGUUGAAA